AGAGCAUUGAGUAGAAAGAGGAGAGAGGGCAGAAAGGAGAGAGAAAAACGGCAAAUAGAAAGGGAAAUCCUCGGAUCAAGAGAGAGAAAGAGAGAGUGACCAUAAAAAAAAGGAAAUAGCUAGCUAACAGUAGUGCCUGCAAAAGGGUAAAAAGGUUUGGAUUUAAGUAAAAAGAAAGCUCAAAACAGGGCAUUUAGAUAUAACAUUUGUGUGUAUACAUUUAGAGAGAGGUUAGAGAGAGAGUGUGUGUUUGUGUGUGUCUGAAAGGUGUAGUGUAGCAAAGGGGGCAAUUAAUAAUAAAGCUGCAGAAUUUGGUCUCUGCUAUACUCAACAUCCCUCCCUUUUCCAAAGCUCCUCUUGUCUCCUUUUUCAACAAAAUCAAGAACCCUUUUUUUUUCUCUCUCUCUCAUCACCAUCCUUUCUUCUCGCCGGAUAUUGUUCUGUCCGGCCGGCUCACUGUGUUUUCCCGUCGACCCUUUUCGCUCCUUGUGCUGAAAAGACUAGCCUUUUUCCUAAUUUCCCUUUUUUUCCCGGUUUUUAAUAGAAAAACUCCGGUAGUCAGCGACCCUUUCCCGGUCAGUAACCGCCGGCAUAUUUUCCGGUCAGAUGGGAUCCCAGUGAGAAAGAAACCGACCCCGUGUGUUCUUUUGAGGUUGGAAAAGAGGAGUCUUGAAGGAAGUAUAUAAGACUAGAUAAAAAGAAAAAAAGAGAUGAAGACUUCGACCGUUGUCGCCGGAGCUCCGGCGGCUAACGGCGCCGCCGCCGUUGAAGGUGAGAAGAAGAACAUAAACGGCGAGCUAUGGCAGGCGUGCGCCGGCCCGCUGGUGAACGUGCCGGCCGCCGGGACUCACGUCGUCUACUUUCCGCAAGGCCACAGCGAACAGGUUGCUGCAUCCAUGAAAAAGGAUGUUGAUGCUCAAAUCCCGAACUACCCAAACCUCCCUUCGAAAUUACUGUGCCUCCUCCAUAACGUCACUUUGCAUGCUGAUCCAGAAACUGACGAAGUAUAUGCCCAGAUGACUCUGCAGCCGGUUCCCUCGUUUGACAAGGAAGCUUUACUGAGAUCAGAUUUAUCGAUGAAAGCACACAGGCCGCAAACGGAGUUUUUCUGUAAAACCUUGACUGCAAGUGACACUAGCACGCAUGGUGGUUUUUCCGUGCCACGUCGUGCUGCAGAGAAGAUUUUCCCUACUCUGGUUAGACAACCCAAGCGUCACUUGCUUACGACAGGUUGGAGCCUUUUUGUGGGCGGGAAGCGUUUGAUUGCAGGCGACUCGGUUUUAUUUAUUCGAGACGAAAAGCAACAGCUUCUUCUUGGCAUAAGACGUGCAAACAGACAGCCGACUAACUUAUCUUCAUCAGUUUUGUCGAGCGAUAGCAUGCACAUAGGAAUCCUAGCGGCUGCUGCCCAUGCGGCUGCUAACAACAGCCCGUUUACCGUGUUUUACAAUCCGAGGGCUAGUCCAUCGGAGUUUGUUAUACCUUUGGCUAAGUACUACAAAGCUGUUUGCAGUAACCAGAUAUCUCUCGGGAUGCGUUUUCGCAUGAUGUUUGAGACUGAAGAAUCGGGCACGAGAAGAUAUAUGGGUACAAUAACUGGAAUCAGUGACCUCGACCCAGUUCGUUGGAAAAAUUCACAGUGGCGCAACUUACAGGUUGGUUGGGACGAGUCGACAGCUGGCGAAAAGCGUAAUCGUGUUUCCAUUUGGGAGAUCGAACCUGUAACUGCUCCGUUUUUCAUAUGCCCCACGCCUCCUUUAUUCCGUUCGAAGCGCCCCAGGAUACCGGGAAUGCCAGACGAUGACUCAACCGAUCUAGACAGCAUAUUUAGAAGGACAAUGCCAUGGCUAGGUGACGAUUACGGCUUAAAAGAUCCACAAGCUGGCCUGCCGGGCUUAAGCCUAGUCCAGUGGAUGAACAUGCAGCAGCAAAACCCCUCAAUUCAGCCAAACUAUCUAAACCCUUUACCGAAUUCGAUUCUUCAAAAUCUUGCUAGCACAGACAUGUCUCGUCAGUUAGGCGGCUUGCCCUCGCCACAAAUCUCCCAUCAGCAGUUCAACUCACAGAGGCCAACACAACCGAUAGAUCAACUGCAAAAGCUGCAGCCUUCGACUCUAAAUCCUCUAGGCUCGAUUAUGCAGCCACAUCAGCAGUUGACCGACAUCAGUCAACUGCCAAGACAGAAUUUGGCGUGUCAAAGUCAAACUUUACCGACGAGCCAGCUUCCUUCUUCCCAGGUUGUUCUGCAGUCGCAAAAUCAUCCCAUCCAAACUCAACCUCAAUCUCUGCUGAGUCAUCAUCAUCAGAUUCAGCGAAAUGUCCCUCAAAACCUUCCGCCACAUCAGCAGAAUUUAACGACCUCUCAGCCGCCAGAUCACGCGAGUCAACAACAACAGUUGCUUUUGUCGGACAAUCAAAUUCAGCUUCAUCUUCUACAACAGAAACUCCAUCACCAGCAGCAAUCACUUUUACCUCAACAAACCCCUCAACCGACACAGUUCCAAGAUCUCCCGCAAAAGCAGCCCAUUCUCGAUAUUCCGCAAAAUUUCUCGAGUCCAACAACAAGCCAAAUGCUCGAAUCGUCUCGAGUGACACCCGACCCACACGAUCGCCAGCUGGCAAAAAACGACGCCCAAAAUGCCAAUUUCCGGUUUGCCCAGCCGAAGCUUCAACAACACCAACAGUCCUCUCGGCUACUAUCUGAAUUGUCCGAAAACCCGAUGAUGACAAAUCAGCUUUCUGCCGGACGAGCUAGCAUUCUGACCGGAGGAGCAAAUGCGGGCCCAUCUGUAGUUACCGAUGAUGUCCCAUCUUGUUCGACUUCACCUUCCACGAACAACUCACCAAACGGAGUUCAGUCAGUAAUAAACGGGCAAAAGGUCCACCGUGGUGCAAUGGCAAUGGCGGAUGAGAUUGCUCAGCCGGGCAUCAACCCUUAUAAUAAUAAUAAUAACAAUUCAAAUGGCGGUUUAGAACCCGUUUCUUGUAAUAAUAACCUAGUUAAGGAUUUUCAGCAGAAAACCGAAGUCAAGCCUUCACUAAACGUGUCCAAAAUCCAAAACCAAGCGUUUUUUACGUCUCAGCCUUAUCUCAACGGAGGUGGAGCUCAAAUGGAAUAUCUGGACAGCUCAUCCUCAGCAACUUCGGUUCUUUCUCAGAACGACGGCCAUCUCCCGCAAACGAACUCCAUGUCUUUUAAUUCUCAGUCGAUGUUGUUUAGAGAUGGAAAUCAAGAAAAUGUCCCGUUUGGGGCUGACAUCGUCGAAAAUCAUCAGUUAGCGAUGCCGAUGAUGUCAGAUCCUCUGAUCACGAAAAACAUGAUGGGCUGCUCUGGUAAAGACUUCUCCUCGGCCGACCUUUCUUCCGGAGGAGGAGGAGGAAUGCUCCCGGCAGCCUACGAGAAUACAAAAGAUGCUCAUCAUCAACCAGAGCUCUCGUCGUCUAUGGUGUCUCAGUCGUUCGGAGUUCCGGAAAUGGCGUUCAACUCGAUUGACUCGUCGAUGAAUGAUGGAAGCUUCAUGAAUGGAGGAGGAGGAGGGUGGGGGGUCCCGCCACAGAUUCCUAGGAUGCGGACAUAUACUAAGGUGUAUAAGCGUGGAGCUGUCGGGAGGUCGAUUGAUAUAACACGCUAUUCGGGCUAUGAUGAUCUGAAGCAAGAUCUAGCACGUAGGUUUGGUAUAGAGGGACAGCUCGAGGAUCGGCAGAGGAUUGGCUGGAAGCUCGUUUAUGUGGACCAUGAAAACGAUGUCCUCCUAGUUGGCGAUGAUCCAUGGGAGGAGUUUGUGAGCUGCGUGCGUUGCAUCAAGAUCCUUUCUCCUCAGGAAGUCCAACAAAUGAGCCUCGAUGGAGAUUUUGGGAGUGGUGUUCUUCCGAACCAGGCUUGUAGCAGUUCGGACAAUGGUGUCAACUAGUUGUACAAAGGGUAUUUUAGUCAUCUUCUCAUUCCCACUUGCUCCCUGCUUUUUAUACUACGGAAAAGCUUAGUUUUGAGCCCAUCUAUGAGCCGUGAUACUCGGGAAGGACUUUGAACACCAUGCAUUCGGACAAGAAGAGCAGGGAAUGAAGAUUAAAGAGUAGACCUCAAAGCAAAGCAUCUUUGACAAGCUUUAUUUGUUUCUUUUUUUCCUUUUUUUUUUU